UUUUGAAAGCAGAUUAAAGGCCACGACAGGAAGGGCCAGGUUUAGGGAAACAGGAAACUGACUGGGAGGAAGUGGACUGCGUCAGCAACCAGCCCACCACAGACUGUACUAAAAGUCAAACCAGACCCAGGGCAAGGAUGGAGUCUUUGCUCAAGUCACCAAUGAAACUUGUACUUUUGACAGCAUGGCUCUCCAGUGUGAUGGACCCAUGCAGUCUCUCUGACAUUUGUGAUUCUUGUCACCAACUUGCGACGUGCAAGACCCUAAAUGGAUCAAACAACGCCUGCUUCUGUCACCAUGGAUAUACCGGAGAUGGAACAACAUUUUGCAAUGAUGACAACGAGUGCCAGAAUGUGACAAAUAUCUGCGGAGACAGGGGGACCUGCACCAACACAGCGGGGAGCUACUACUGCACAUGUGUCUCUGGAUACAUAUCAACGGGACCGGACAGGUUCCAGCCCAACGAUGGCACCGAAUGCCGCGACACUGACGAGUGCUUGACAGGACAGGUCUGUGGACCAAACUCACUCUGCCAUAAUACGAAUGGAUCUUUCUACUGCACAUGUCUGCGUGAUUACGUCCCAACUUCAGGUGCUAAGCACUUCCAUCCAGAAGGAGGAGUACGGUGCGAAGAGUCUCCACAAAAAUACUGCCAUGACAACGCCGGAUGCAUCACACAGAUGGUUAACAAAACACUAGAAUAUAUGAGCAACCUCACGGAGCCCCAGAGUCUACUGAGGGAAAUUGCCAAGCAGACGUCCGGCGAACUCACCUCGGUGGAAGUGAUUGCAUAUGUUGAGGCCUUGUGUCGCUCCGAAUCAAUGCUGGCUGCGGGAGAACAGGAUUACACUGUCAAGCCAUCCGUCAUCAACUCAACUCUUUCGAAUAUGGUAACUGCAGUUAACAACCUGGUGCAGAAGGAUGAACUUGUGGCUUGGAGCAGAAUGAAAGAGGAGCGGAGGGAACGCACCAUCACCAAGCUGCUACACACUGUGGAAGAAAGUGCUCUGACAUUGGCCAACAACUACAAAAGUCAGACCGAGCUCGAAAUCAAAGCUUCCGAAAUGGAAUUGAAACUUUUCACCUUUGAUGCUCGUCACACAAGAGCCAAACUGUCCGCUUCCAUGGGAGGAGAUCAUAUAUAUCUGUCUCCCAGACCGAGACCACGGGAGGACAGGAACGGAAGCGUGUCUGUGGUGUUUGUGCGAUACGGCAGCGUCGGUGACAUCCUGAAGCCGAGCAGCGACCCCGGUGUCACCGACUACUCGCGCUAUGCAGGAACUGGGGAAAUCACUGUCAACUCCCAGGUCAUAGCAGCAGCCAUCAAACCUGCUGACGUUUACCAACUUGACCAUGUCACCUUCACUCUGAGGCACCAUGAGCCCAUAGACACUAAAGCUGACGUGACCAAGUGCGCCUUCUGGGAGUACGAGCCGGACAGCCUGCAGGGCCACUGGGCCACGCACGGCUGCAACACCGUCCACGUCAACAGCAACGCGACGACCUGCUCCUGCAACCACCUCACACACUUCGCUAUCCUCAUGUCCUCCGGACGGGCCAACCUGGUGGCCCACAACACCAUCCUGACCCGGAUCACCCAGCUGGGGAUGAUCAUCUCCCUCAUCUGUCUGUCCAUGUGCAUCUUCACCUUCUGGUUCUUCAGCGAGAUCCAGAGCACCAGGACCACCAUCCACAAGAACCUGUGCUGCAGCCUCUUCAUGGCCGAGUUCAUCUUCCUGGUGGGGAUCAACAUGAACACACACAAGCUUUUCUGCUCCGUUAUCGCAGGGCUGCUGCACUAUUUCUUCCUCGCGGCCUUCGCCUGGAUGUGUAUCGAGGGCAUCCAUCUGUACUUGAUAGUGGUUGGCGUCAUCUACAACAAAGGCUUCCUGCACCGCAACUUUUACAUCUUCGGCUACGGGAGCCCGGCAGUGGUGGUGGCCAUCUCGGCAACGUUCGGCUAUAAGUAUUAUGGCACCGAUAAAGUGUGCUGGCUGAGCACAGAAAACCAUUUCAUAUGGAGUUUCAUUGGGCCUGCGUGUUUGAUUAUUCUGGUCAAUCUCUUGGCUUUUGGCGUAAUCAUCUACAAAGUGUACCGGCACACCGCUGUGAAAAAGCCUGAAAUCAGCCACUAUGAAAACAUCAGGUCCUGCGCCCGCGGCGCCUUGGCCCUGCUGUUUGUGCUGGGAGCCACCUGGACCUUCGGAGUGCUCCACAUCCUCAACGAGACCACCCUCACGGCCUAUCUGUUCACCAUCGCCAACGCCUUCCAGGGCAUGUUCAUCUUCAUCUUCCUCUGUGUGCUGUCCAGAAAGAUUCAGGAGGAGUACUACAGGCUCUUCAAAAACGUGCCAUGUUGUUUUGAAUGCCUGAGAUGAAUCGAUGCAGCCGAAGCCUGAACAUCUGCACUUGCACAAUAAUAGUCGACAUUAAAGCUUUGCAGUGUCCUGUGACUCACGCUUUUCAUGCGUUUUGGAAAAGGCUGUGGGAGGAAUUGUUUUGUACAGAUGUCUGAUGAAUGAGAACAUGUAGCACUUGUAAUUUCUAAACAUUUUCAGUUUCCAUUUUAAGAGAAAAAAAAGGCUGAAAUCAUCUAUACAUGGUGUUUGUGUUAGAUUCAGGAGAUUUUCUGUACAAUAAAAACAUACAACUGUAUCCGUCGUUUUCACAAAAGACAUUCUUCGGAGAGUAAUACUGGAAUCAACAUACUUUGCAUAUUUUCAGUCUAAUUGAAAACCUCUUCAAUUAUCAGAUUACACAAAAAAAUAAUAACCUAAACAAGCUGUUGUCUUUGUUCGUUUCUUGUGUUUGAAAUUGAUUUGUAAAUUAUUAAACAUGAAUGUGGCACA